AUGUUAACUUGUGCAUAUAGUCAUGAAACUUCUGACAAUCAAGAAGAAUUGUCACUUACUAAUGUAGAUCUUGUUUCAAUAUUUAAAGCAAUAACUGAUAAUCUAGGCAUUAUCGAAUGUGCCAAUCUAAUUUCAAUAGAAGGAGAAAUCGCUUUAAAUGGAGAAUACAAAGCUAAAAAAUGAAAAUACAGAGCUUUAAUCAUAACUUAAUAAAUUAGAAAACAAACACUAAGAAUUAAUUAAUGAAGUAAAUCAUUUUAAUAAUUUUAGAUUUAAGAUCUACGAUAGUUAGUGAAGAGAGUACAUUAAGAAGGGGAGAUUUAGAUUUAGUAUUAGAAGUAGAGGAAUGUAAAUUUUUAAUAAUUGUAGCAACAAUUAUAAUACAAAAACGAAAGCUUAACAAAGGCUUUGGUUAAUUUGUAAAAUAAUUUAGAAACUUUUGCUUAAUUGAAAAACUUAUCUGGUUUUCUGGAAGAUUGUGAGAUUUCAGAGUAAAAUGCAAUCGAAAAUGGUUCUAUUUAAUGA